CUCCCCUUCUUCUUUCUCUUUUAAAUACUCAUUUCUCCUCUAUUUUUACUCAAGAAAAAAAACUUCAGAAAACAGAGAAAAAGAGUGGAAAUUGCUAUAAUGGCGGAUAUUGCUAUAUUGGUUGCAGAAGAGUACGAGAGGAGGAUCAAGAACUCGAGGAAGGAAAACGAGGGUGUGGAAAGAGUGGAGGGUCAGGUUCCUGUGGUCUCCUUUGUUUCGGUCUUGGCUGGGAGGAUGAAAGCCAGAGUUGUUGGGCACCAGAACAUGGAGGUUGUGAAGAGGUUUGGUUUAGAACCCAAGAGCCAGAUUGCGCUUGCUGCCUCCAACGGUUUCUUCUCUGCUUGAAAUUUCCCUUUUAAUUUGCUUCUCCAUGUACCUGUUGUUCCUGAAUUUGUAGAUAAGAGAAGGAGCAAAGAAGCCUAUUUUUACUUCCCCCCGUUUAUAAAUAAAAUUGUUGCUUUUUGCUCUUUAUUGAAUUGAAUUGAGCUUUCAUCUUCUAAUUUUGAUAAUCUGAUAUCAGGAAUACAGAAUCUAAUUAGUGGGUUCAAAAGGGUUCUCUGUGUUUUUUUUCUUUGACAUUCAAGCAUAUACAUAAAGGGAUUAUGUUAUUCUGGGGCAGCAGAUUGUUUGAUGAGUCUAAACAACAUUGCCCUCUUUGUUUGUGUUUGAAUUGGUGGAUUUUAUCAGUUUAUAGCUUCUUCUUUUUUUUUCCUUCCUUAAAUAUAGCUAGUUAAGUUGA